UCAACACUCUCAUUGACAUCAUGUACGCUAAGUUGUUCAUCACCAUCUGUGCCUUCGGCCUGGCUUCGGCCGGCAACCUGCUGCACUCGGCCCCCGUGGCCUACGCCGCCGCCCCCGUGGCGCACUACUCGGCCGCCCCCGUCGCCACCUACAGUGCCGCCCCCGUGGCCCACUAUGCCGCUGCCCCCGUCGCCACCUACAGUGCCGCCCCCGUGGCUCACUACGCCGCCGCCCCCGUCGUGACCAAGACCAUCACCCCCGCCGUGUCUUCAGUCUCUUCCUACUCCUCUCACACCUCCCAUGGCUCUCCAGUAGCCCACUACGCCGCUGCUCCUGUAGCUCACUAUGCCGCCGCCCCCGUGGUGACCAAGUCCGUAGCGCCCGUCUCCUACCAGUCCAUCUCCAGCCACUCUGCGCCCGUCGCCUACGCGUCGUACACUCCCGCCGCGCCCGCCUACACCUCUGUCGUCACUAAGAGCGUCGCUCCCGCGUACGCCGCGUACGCCGCCCCCGUCGUGGCUAAGAGCUACGCCGCCCCCGUGGCUCACUACGCCGCCCCCGCGGCUCACUACGCCGCCGCCGCGCCGGUGCUCAAGGCCGUCUCCUACUCCGCCGCGCCCGCCGUGUCGCACGUCUCCUACUCCUCGCUCGGCGCUAACUACGGCUGGUGAACAACUCAACAACAUGAGUGAUACUAGUCAAAGAAUGUUUAAACGAAACGAUAUUUAAUUAUGUAAAUAUUUAUUGAAAAAAUAAAUGAUUUGAUACUUAAU